AUGUUUUUUUCGUGUAAAAUAUUCGCUCUUUUAUGCAUAACAAUUAUAAGUGUGAGGUGCCAUCACGCAAGGGUUUGUAUGAACACCAAAAUUGCGUCGAAUUUACCUAACAGCAGUGCACGUGUGUUAUUAGCACACCGGGAAAGGACGAACCUGAAAAAUGACAGAAAACACAAAAAUAAUAAGUUGCUGAUUAGUGAAAAGAAGAAAAACAUAGGAAGAGAACAUUCGUACUAUUUUACUAAGGAAAAAAAAGAAAUAUUAAAUAAAAAGAAGAAAAAAAAAUUUGUAUUGAAUUAUUCGAAACUCUGGGCAACAGAAAAUGAAAAAAGGAAAAACAAGAAAUUACGUUAUCCCUUAUUUUUUAUAAAACAUUCUACAACAUCAUUAAAUGAAAUAAAGGAAAGUAUUAAGGCGUUAUUCAAUUUAGAUUACAUAGAAAAUAAUUACAUCUAUUCAUAUAUCAAAGCGUUUAAGAGAACACCUCCAAUUACAAAAUUAUACUUAAUAAGUACACUUCUGUUAAGUAUAUGUAUACAUUUAAAUAAGAAUGUAUAUAAGUUAAUUUUAUUUGAUUUUAAAAAGAUAUUCCAUGAAUGGCAAGUAUGGAGAUUACUAACUCCAUAUUUAUAUAUAGGGAAUUUGUACUUACAAUAUUUUCUAAUGUUUAAUUAUUUACACAUAUAUAUGUCUUCCGUAGAAAUUGCACAUUAUAAAAAUCCAGAAGAUUUGUUAAUUUUUAUCACCUUUGGGUACUUAUCAAACCUUUUAUUUACAAUCAUUGGAAGUAUGUACAAUGAAAAUAUAAUGAAUAUGCAAAAAUAUAUCAAAACAAUUAGAAAUAUUAUUUUAAAAGGGGCAAAUGCUAAUCAACAAAAAAUCGAAAUAAAUAUAAACAAAGAACACUAUAAUCAUCUUGGUUAUGUUUUUUCAACGUACAUACUUUACUACUGGAGCAGAAUAAAUGAAGGCACUCUAAUCAACUGCUUUGAAUUAUUCCUAAUUAAGGCUGAAUACGUACCUUUUUUUUUUAUUAUACAAAAUGUUUUACUAUAUAAUGAAUUUUCUUUUUAUGAAGUUGCUUCUAUCAUGUCAAGUUAUUUUUUCUUUACAUAUGAAAAUUAUUUCAAGUUGGAUUUUAUACGACGAUUUAAUCGUGCACUUUUAAAAAGUCUUCGUGUCUACCCCAUGUAUGAGACAUAUAAGGAGGAGUAUGAGGUGGCAUGGAUUUCAUAUCAAAGAGGAACCCUAACGAAAGGCAGAGAUGUAGUUAGGGUGAUGGAGAUGUCGAGGCGAAGAUAUAUGAAUAUUCCAAAAAGGAAGACACUGAAGAGUAUGGAUAUUAGUAGUAUUAGAAAGAACGUAGAGCUAUGCAAAAAAAAAAAUGUGAAAUCUAAAAAUGUAUGGAAUAAUUAUCUAUACAUACUAAUACUGAAAUUGUGUAACAAGGAACUUUGUAAUUACGUGGAUUUUAUGAUUAUAUUAAAAUUGUUAAGUAAAUAUAUUUGUAUAGAAAAAAAAGUACUAAAUUUUAUUUGUGAAAAAUUAGAACAUGAUAUGUAUAAAUUAACAAUAAGAGAAUUAAGUCUACUCAUAUUAAUAUUAAGAAAAAAUAAAUUUGAUAAUUUGUAUUAUCUUAAUUUGAUAAGUAAGUCUAUACUGAUAAAAAUGAAUAAAAAUUUAUCCUAUAAAGAUUUGGCAUUGAUUACUUUUAGUUUAUCAAGAAAUAUUGACAUAACUGAGAAGUUGUAUACGGAUGAAAUUUUUCAUUUAAGUAUUUUAAAAAUUCACAAUGAUUUGAAGAAUAUAAAUUUUCAUUCAUUAACCUUAUUUUUUUAUUCAUACAGUCUAUACUUUCUGAAAAAUUUUGAACAUUUCAAUUCUUUUUUUUACAUGACAAAAAAUUUUAUACAAAUUAUCAAAAAAAAUAUAUACCUCUUCAACUCAACCGAUUUAAUGUUUACCUUUUUGUCUUCUUUUCAUAUUUAUAAUUCUUUUAAAAAUUCUGUCAAAAAUUCGAAAUAUAACAACACAAGAAAUUUGAUACUUAGGCAAGAACUUCCUCUUCAUUUACAACCAUCAAGUAAUUCUUUGCAGAAGAAAAUACCACUUUCUACAUCCCAUCGAAUAAUAGAUCAUAUGAUGGAUGUACACACUGGUAAUGAUCAUGCACUGAAUAUCACUUCCUCAAAGUCUGAGCUGUCGAAAAUUGACCUGAUGGAGAAAGGCAUCACUAAGGGGAUCCCCAAUGUAGGCACAUCCACUCCUGGGGAAGGAAAAAUCCGUACAUCAUACUAUGGAAAAGACAGUAGUGCAGAAAUGGAUUUGCCAAAGUUAUCAAAGGAUACAGAUGCAAAUGAAACAAGGAACGCACUAACCUGUGAAGAAACUGUAACCGAUUUAGUCAACAGAGUUAGGGACGCCAUCAUGGAAAAAUUAAAAUGCUUCAAAAUAGAAGAAGUUAUAAACAUGCUAUUUGCAUCUAUUGACAAAAAUGUAAGUAUUAACAAAAAGUACUUUAAUUUUCUGAGUAAAGACAGAAUAAAUAUCGAAAAUUAUCUCAAUGUGUAUAUCAAAACUGAGUUUAAAAAAAAAAAUGAAGAUGGAAGAGUUAGUGAACACGAGAAUAACAUUGAUCCUCUUCUCCCCAUGGAUUACAUUUUAAAAAUUAAUAACAACACUUGUGAAGAGGAAGAAUUUAUUAACACGCUAAUGGAAGAAAUAAUUUAUCGAAAUGAUUUCCUAAGUGUAAAACAAAUAAUUUUAUUACUCUACUUAUUGAAAAGGACGAAUAGAACAUAUAUCCAAUUUGAAAAAAUCAUUAUGAAACGAUUAGUGUGCAUAGAAAAGGAGCUGACAAAAAAUGAAGUUAUGUUCGUGUAUCAGUAUUUAUACAUAAGGACGUGUCUAUUUCAUGAUUUAAAAAAAUAUUCUCUUAAAGUUUAUGAACAAAAUGGGGAAGAAAAAACUUUUCUCAUAUAUGAUAAAAACAGAAAUCUGGAAGAAAACGAAUUUUAUCAUGAAACUAACGCUCGAAAUGAACAUAAAAAAAAUAAUGAUGAUACGGAUGUGUAUUAUAUGCAUGAUGAUGUACUCUACUUGAAGAAAAAAAGAAAAAGAGAUAAAAAUAAAAUAUUUUUGUAUGAUAAUUUUAUUUACAAAUAUCCUGCGCGUGUUAGAAAAAAUGAGAAAAGUGAUGACAUCUUUCCACACGAACAAAAUUUGAAAUAUUUUAUAAAUUUGAAAAAAACGGCAGAUAAUUGCAAAACCGUGAACCAUUCAAUCCCAGUGCAUGGUGCAAAAUCAUCGAAUGGAAAAUUUCUCAUCAAGUCCCAAUUACCCCAAGAAAUAAAUUCAUACACGAUCAACAAAGAGGUUUCAAAUAAUGUUGUGGAUCAGAAGAAUGUUAAAUCUCCUGUGUGGGCAAGAGGUACUAGUGACUUAAUAACUAAUUUUGUUAACUGCAGCAAUGUGGCCAUCUCGCGUAGUACCAAUUGCAGUUCUGAGCAGUGUUCCAAUUAUGAGCAGUUUUCCAAUUCUGAGCAAUGUUCCAAUUCUGAGAAAUGUUCCAACUUUGAAAUGGCAGAAGGGAAAGGAGAGACCUGCAGCGCAAAUGGUGAAUAUAAAAUCAGGUGCUACAGUCUCUAUCUGGAUGUUUACAAAAUUGUUUGCUUAAAAUUAGUGAACUCCAUAAGAAAUGAAACAUUGACAAGUCAUAACAUCAUAAACAUUUUGUGCAUAUAUGAGAAGCUAAAUGUAAGGGAUUUUAGAAUUAUUAAGCACUUGUACAAUUUGGAGAAAGACAUUUUGUAUUUAAAUAAUAUAUAUUUAGAAAAACUUAUGAACAUUAUUUUGAAAUUUAAUUUAUAUAAUAUACUAGAAUAUUUAGGUAUACAUAAAAUACUCCAAUUUGUAAAUUUUAACUCCCUAGAUGAAUGCAUAUCAAUUUUGAAACUUCUUGGUUUACUCAUUUCGAGAAAGAAGGAUGAAACAGGGAGAUUUUCGAAUUUCUCCUCUACAUGCACACAAAAUGCUAUAAAUUAUAUUUUAAAAAAUUUUAAAAAAUUAAAAAGUACAUACGAGUUGGAGAAAAUUCAGAUAACUCCUGUCUACAAUUCUUUACCUUUGGAAUAUUUCAAGUUGUUUAAAAAUGUGCACUCAGUUGGGACAUUGGCAGACUUAUGCCGUUCUUCCAGCACUCGUCCAGAGUCAGAGGAUGGGAUUAGAAACGAGGCAGAAAAAGGUGCAAGAAAUAAUAUGAACUUCAGCGCUCAUGUUGUGGGGCAGCAGAUUUACGCCCUCCGCAAGGGAGUAAAAAAAUACCCUCCCUGGUCAGGAGAAAAUGACAGAAAUGACAAAAAAGAUGAAAGUGUUAGCAAUUUUUUUCUACACCACGUAGAUGAUGUUAAUAUCAAAGAAGUGGCCGUUGGGUAUCCUAAUUAUGGGCUAGAAAAGAUGUCAAGUACGAGUAAAAUGAGACAUUUGUUCCCAAAUGUUAACGGUGUUAAAGGUUAUCUUACUGAAUAUAGAGAUAUAAAGGAUGAAAUAUUCCAAGACAUUUUACUAAUAUAUCAUAAAAAUGUAGAAAUUUACAAAGAUAUAAAUAUAUCAAAUUAUUAUUUUCCAUUAGCUAUUAAUUUGUUAACGCUAAAUGAUGUGGAUAAUAUAAGGAAUGCCGGUUUGGUAAGAAGUUUAAACACAUGUUUAAGUGAAUCUGAAAACAAUCGUGAGAAUAAGCAAAUUCAAGAAUUGGAUAGAAAAAAUUUUCUCCUUGUUGAUAUUUUGUAUAACUACGACUUUUAUUAUUCCAUGAAUGAUGCCUUAGAAUGUAAGCUAAAGAAACAUAACAUUUACGUGUCUUAUUAUGGUACUCAUACGAAUAAAGUAAAUAAAAAAAUUAUUAAUUAUAAAAAGUAUACUCUACUGAAAUGUGUAAAAAAAAUAGGAUAUAAUUAUAUAUGUAUUGAUGCAAAACGGUAUGUAAAAAAUAAAAAAAAAUGUAAAGACAAUAACCUUAAUAAAUAUUAUAUAAAUAAUUUAAUCCUGGAUUUGCUAAAGAGAAAAAAAAAAAAUCCUUUCUAUUCAAAGAAAAAACGCAGAUCAAAAACUGCAACAGUAGUAAGGGGAAAGUACCCCCAAUUGCAUCCUUUCACGAAUAAAUGGAGAAUAUAUCGAAUGCAAAACUGUAAGUGCAUACGACAAAAUGUAUCCUCCUAUGUGGGAAGAAAUAAAUAUAUCAGUAAAAAGAAACUCGGGGAGGAAGCUUUGUCUUUCUCUCAACGGAUAGAUAAUAACAUUAAGGGAAAAGAAGUGCUACCGAGUGGGAAGAAUCAUUUGCACAAGUUGCGCAACAUGUUCCAGGUUUCCUAA